UUCCGGUCCCACUGCUGCACGCGCACGGGCAAAAAUGGCGGCCCCUCUGUGGCGGCGAUGCCAAAGAUGGACUGUUGGCAAUACCGGGACGAGUUUACUAGAAGCCCAGUUGCACUUUAGAGUCAGGCCGGGAUCUGUUUCUGCUGUGACAAGCGGGCGGGCGAGUUGGAGCUCCUGGCCUGGGGACGAGCCAUCAUUACGACCAAAGCAGAGGGUCGUACAGAGGAGUACGUUAUCCGGUACCAGACAUAAACCCCGGCUGUUGUAUCCAUCAUGUUCCUGUAGGAAUAUUCACAGUGACGCCAAACUGAAAGACCCCUUCACGCUAGCCCAGAAAGAUUUAGCAAGUUUAUAUGAUGACAUCAAAAAGGAGCUGUUUGUGUCCAAAGAGGAGCUCAAGUCUUUAUGCGACUACUACUUUGAUGGCAAGGGCAAAGCCAUCCGACCUAUGAUUGUGGUCCUCAUGGCACGCGCCCUCAACAUCCAUAGCAACAGAGCAGGAGACUUGAUCCCAGGCCAGCGCGCCGUUGCCAUGAUCUCCGAAAUGAUCCACACGGCCAGCCUGGUGCACGAUGACGUCAUCGACGGGUCGAACAAGCGGAGGGGGAAGAGGACCAUCAAUGACGUGUGGGGGGAAAGAAAGGCCAUCUUAGCAGGAGACUUCAUCCUGUCGGCUGCGUCCAUGGCUCUGGCUCGCAUUGGAAACAUCACCGUGGUCAAAGUGUUGUCACAGGUCAUCGAAGACCUAGUCAGAGGCGAAUUCAUGCAGCUGGGCUCCAAGGAGAACGAGAACGAGCGCUUCAAACACUACCUGGAGAAAACCUUCAAGAAGACGGCCAGCCUGAUCGCCAACAGUUGCAAAGCAGUGUCCAUCUUGGUCAAUUCGGACCCGGACAUCCAUGAAAUAGCGUACCAGUACGGGAGGAAUGUUGGCAUCGCGUUUCAGCUGGUGGACGAUGUGUUGGACUUCACCACAGGCGCCAGUCAGCUUGGGAAGCCCUCGGCGGCGGACCUCAAGUUGGGCUUAGCCACAGGACCGGUUCUUUUUGCUUGUCAGCAGUUUCCUGAGCUACAUGCAAUGAUAAUGAGACGCUUCAGCUCCAAAGGAGACGUCGACCGAGCCUGGCAGUACGUCAUUCAGAGUGACGGCGUACAGCAGACAAACUUCCUGGCACGCCGUUACUGCCAAGAAGCCAUCAGACACAUCAGUAUGCUGCGACCCUCGGCGGAGCGAGACGCCCUCAUCAGGCUCACUGAGAUGGUGCUCACCAGAGACAAAUGACCCCUCACGUUCAGGCAGCUAACGCCCUGCACCCUCCUCCUCCAUGCCUGGCUAUAGCGAGGCCAAAAUGAGUGUGAAGAUGUCACUCAAUCACGUCCUUUGACUCUUUCUACCUCUAAGGGUACACCAGAGUGAGUCGCAUCUAAGGAGUAUAAUACAAGCCAGGUGUACCAAAUAUGUGUAAAUAAGUGCGUCUAUGGUUAUUUAAAUAGUCAAUGAUGGCAAAGCACUGAGCUAUGAUGCUGUGUACUGUACUGUAAACCAAAUGUGUGUAAUUCCCAAACCAGACUGAAGCUUGCCGUGCACUUGAAAGGAUCAUUAUGAGAUGACUUGUUUCGCCAAGUGUCCUGUAACAAUCACAGCCUUAAUAUCUGCAAGUACUGCUCAAUAAAACACACUUUUAAAAUGUCAAA